UGUGUUCAACGUCACGGCGCAGGAAAGCACAGCUUCCACCGCCUCUUCAUUUUCGCAGAUCGAUCCGACCAACUGACAAGAAGUGUAAUUGAAAAUCUCGAAGUUAAAGUUGUCUAUGCUAAUAGUGCGCGUUAAAUGUACUAGAAAAAUAAUAAUAUUAAUUUAUAAACUUUGUGUAUCUAAUUCUUAAUCAACUGCUUUCUCGACUAUAAGUCAACAAUAUUUUUGUUUGAUGAAAAUUUGUGUAGAAAUAAUUACUUAUAAUUAGUAUUUGGCUUCUAGUUAUAUGAGCCGAAUAUUUGCAUAUAUUGUUAUUCAUUUAUUUAAAUAGUGAUUUUGAUUAAUUUAUACAUUUUUAUGAAAGAAUAGAAAUCUGGGUUUUAAAUCAAUUCAAAAAUAUUAACGAAUUUUUGAGAAAUUGAUUCAUUUUAUUUAGGAGAGAAAUGGCAUCAAAAAGAUUUGUCAAAAUGAAUUUGAAGCCUGUCUUUUUUUUUUUUAAAAUUGUACAAUAUUUUUUUCAUCGAUAGCAAAAUCCAAUAAAAAUAAUUUGAUGAUUUUAUCUAUACGACUUUAAGUGUUCAAUUGUUGAUUGAUAUGUGGACGAGUUGGUGUAGCACAGAUUAUAUUCACAAAGUGAGUAUGUCUAGAAGGAAACUUGGUGAUAAACAAUUUAACAACGUGGAUUAUACACAGCUUACAGAAACUGAUAAUGGUUUUGUUGAUUCCCAGUUUGUGAAUCCAUCAGUAAAAAUACCAUGGAAAGCCAUUACAUUAGCUGCUCUUCUUUUUGUUGGAGGUACUAUAAUGCUAAUUAUGGGCAGUCUAAUUGUAAGUGGACAUAUUGAUUCAAAGUAUUCAGAUCGUAUGUGGCCACUUAUUAUUUUAGGAAUUCUAAUGUUUAUACCAGGUGCUUAUCAUAUGAGGGUAGCUAUUUUAGCUUAUCAAAAAGUACCAGGUUAUUCAUUUGAUGACAUACCAGAAUUUGAUUAAUCAAAUGCAAAUCUUUGAAGAAGUAAUUAUGAAGAUUUUAAAUAAUUAAUAUCUUGAAUGUUUAAUUUAUUUUGUUUUUAUAAAUUAUAAAUAUGUUUUUAUUGAAUUAUACAUAUAAAUAUCAAGAGUUACUUAUGAUAGUACAAUAUAGCAAUAGAAUUUUAUUUAAAUUAAUUUUAUACAUUAAUAUUUUAUUUAAAUGUUCAUUUUAUUAGAUUUAACUCUAAAGAAUACACAAUUUAUCAAUAAUAUCAAAGAUUUAUUUUAUUGUAUUAUAAUUAUAUAUGUACUAUUUUGAUAUAAUUAUCAUAUGCUUUCAAAAAAGAACACAAAUUUAUAUAUAUAUUACACAUAAUUUAUUAUUAUACAAUUAUAUAAUAUUUAUAAUGCGUAUAACUUCAUAAUACAAUAUAUUUUAAGCUACUCAAAACAUAAUCAACUUAAAAAUAUAUUUUAAAAUUUGUAAUAUAUUGUGUAUAAGACAAUUAUAAAUGAAAUAUUGUUAAUUUAAAAAUAAAAAUUAAAUAAUAUUUGUUA